AUGGCCCUGGAGACGGAACGUUGCAGCCCGAACAACGCUUCAAGCCCCGGCCCCACGGACAAUAACCGGCGGCCCGGGCUGGACGACUGCAGCGAUCAGACCAAAGAAGUGGUGUCGUCAUCGUCGCAGUCGUCAUCGACGACGACUUCGCCGCAGCAGCCGCAGCCGGACGUCACAGUGUCUGCGUUUCGGCCUGUGCGUGACGGAGCGGCUUCGGACGGCGACGACGAUCGGAUGCCACCGAAAGUCGUAGCCGAGGAAUCGUCACUUUUGGCCUGCAGCAAGCCGCUGAGCAUAUGUUCACCGCUUCAGAACAAGACUGCCGUGGCGGUCGACCCACUCUAUAAUCGUCACUCUUCGCCGCCACCACUGCAGCAACCCGUGAGGAAGAAACCAUCAACACAAGUUCAGAAGGCUCAGCAAGUGACCACCGACGUGCCACGAUGGGUCCAGCUGCAGCAACAGCAGCAACAACACUCCGCCCACAACGGCGAUCACGGCCCGUUACAGCCACCAGCCAACGCAGCGGCCGCAGCUGCGGUCGAGUACACGAUGGCCAUGGCAGCGGCCGCCGCCGCUGCUGCCGGUGGUGGCGGUCACGUGCCGCCUGGGUUUCCGUUCAACUCUUGGAUGUACCGGUUCAACUUCCUGCCAAUCGUGCCAGCCUGCAGGCCUGAAUAUUUCAGGGAAAUCCAACACCACAACCUCCAACACCCGACCGACGGUGGAUCGCUCGAAACGACCGACGACCGACCACCAGCCGCUCUCCACUUACAGUCGCAGCACGCCGAAUUCGCGAGGCAACUGCAGCUGAACGGUACGGUUGGCAACCUACACCACCACCAUAUUCCGGUGGUGCCGUCGUCACAAGUGGUGCAGUCAGCAGCGCACCAACCCCUACAGCCGCCGCCACCACCGCCGCCGCCCCAACCGUCUUCGCAGCAGCCGCCAAUGAUGCCCACCGGUUACGUUUCCCGACCGACCAGCACUUCUGGUUCAUCGGACGUAUCGUCGUCGUACGGCUGCGGUGGCGGUCCCCCGAUGGCCGCCGGCGCCGGAACCACGAAGAACUGCAACAGCUACCGUUCACCGUCACCCCGCUCGCCCAGCCCGUUCCGAUUGGCGUUUUCCGUCGACAACAUACUUCGACCGGAAUUCGGCAGUAAACUCCAUCAGCACCUACAGCAGCAGCAGCAACACCACCAUCACCUACAUCACCAUCACCACCAGCCUUCGCCACAGCACAACCGCCUCGGCAGGCCGUUGUCCGCGUCUCCAACCCCGCCAACCGCCGCCAAACUGCACUUUAGCACUCUGCUGCAGAACAAGCCACACACGCAGCAGUCUACACCGUCGCUACAUCGGCCCGCUCCGACCCGUCCCAAAGCAGCGGUUGUCGGUCCCAAACGACCCUCGCCCGCUGUCGCACCGGACAAGGUAAACAAGCGAAAGCCAGCCCAACAGCCGUUGCCGGCGUGUUCGCCUGUCAUUAGCAACAACAAUAACAACUGCUACGACAGCGAUAACAGCAAGUCGGCAAACGGUGGCCGGAACAGCCAGCACCACCACAAGCCAGACGACUCGGGCAACGAACAGGAAUCGGCGGGAUCGGACGCGACCGGAAGCGGCGACCAGCAGUCCAACGACAAGGAGAUGUGGCCGGCCUGGGUGUACUGUACGCGGUACUCGGACAGACCGUCUUCGGGACCCCGUUCACGGAGGAUGAAGCGGAAGGACAAGUGUCCGGAGGAGAAGCGACCCAGGACCGCGUUCAGUGGCGAGCAGCUGUCCCGGUUGAAGAAGGAGUUCAACGAGAACCGGUAUCUGACGGAACGCAGACGCCAGGAACUGGCCAACGAGCUGGGUCUGAACGAAGCCCAGAUAAAGAUAUGGUUUCAGAACAAGCGGGCCAAAAUCAAGAAGUCUAGCGGCUCCAAGAACCCGCUGGCCUUGCAGCUGAUGGCACAGGGACUGUACAACCACACCACGGUCGCCAUGUCCGACGAAGAGAUGGACGACCACCUGACGGUUGCGUCCUCGUAA